AUGCGUAGGUUGAUAUUACCAUUGGGGGAAAGGCUCGGAUUUACAUCAGUUGAAGUAAAUGGCGAAGUCAGACCACAAUGUGUGUUGUGUUUGGAAGUGUUAGCUCACAGCUCUUUGAAAGAAACUAAACUUCCACGGCAUCUUGAGUUGAAACAUGCAACAUACUGUGAUAAAAAUCAUGAAUUUUCUUUGAGAAAAGAACUGCAUGUCAAAAGAACACGCAUUGAUCGUCCAAGUAUUUGGGGAGGAGUAACCUACUCUCAUAAAGAUGCAGUGCGGGCUUCCUUUUCAGUUGCAUGGAAAAUUGCUAGAGCAAAAGCUCCUCAUACAACAGGAGAAAAGUUGGUUAAGCCAGCAGCCGUUGAAAUGGCCAGAAUAAUGUGUAGUGAGGCCAUUGCCAAUAAACUGGCAAUGGUUCCGUUGUCAGACAACACAAUCAAAAGACGAACAGAAGAACUAUCAGUCGAUAUUUUACAGCAGACUAUUGCUGCUGUUAAGCGAAGUGGAAAAUUUAGCCUGCAGUUGGAUGAGACCACCGAUAUAGGGAACGAUGCACAACUUAUGGUGUUUAGAAAACUUGGCAGCGAAAGAGAUUCAAGAAAAUCUGGCCUCGGUGUUCAAGGAGGUUGUAUCUGUUGUUAA